AUGGACCUUUUUCUACCACAGCGACUGGCAGGCGUCGAUCUGCGAACAAGCGAGUCGUUUGACUGCAAAGAAGGCUUCGGUUACGGGCCCUUCCAGAAGAGGAUGCUCCUCCUGAUUUUUCUGGGAGCAUUCUCGGUUAAUUGCCAAACCGUCGUGGUGCCCCUCGUCACCGGUGACGUCGACCAUUGGUGCAAGCCGCUCGCCGGGUUCAACAUCUCUGCAGCCGAUUGGAAGAAUAUUGCCAUACCGACAGAGGCUGAUGGACGCUUCAGCCGCUGUCGCGUCUACGAACGCUGCAAGCCACCCGCUGGACCUGGCGUGGCCGGCUGGUGGUACAACCGAUGCUUCCUCAGCGAGCGUGAACUCCAAGACACCAACGACACACGCGACGCGCCCUGUGAAGAGUGGGAGUACGACAUUCGGACGGCCGAGACCAGCGCGGUGAGCUUCUGGAACAUGGUGUGCCACCGACGUUUGCUGCCGGCCGCCAUUUUGACCCUGCAGAAUACCGGUGCUGUCAUUUCGCUUAUCCUGAUCGGAGCUUUCGUGGACUACGUCGGGAGGAGAGCCAUGCUCGUGGGCUCGGCAGUCGUUAUGGCGACCGGCACGGUAUGCACCUUCGUUGCGACAGGCUACGCGCAGUACGCUGUGGCGCGCUGCCUUACCGUGGCAAGUGUCGCCGUGCAUACCGUUUUCACCGCUCUGAUACCAUUCGAGGUGAUGACGCACGCGCACAGGCCGCAACAACUCCUCCUACUGGCGGUCAUGGGCCUUGCGUUGAGCGAAGUUUGGAUCGUAAUCGUCAAAUCCUUGAUCGUCGACUGGCGUCUGAAGCAAAUCAUCUGCCUCGCCCCGACGGCUCUCCUGCUCCCUGCUUUAUUUACCGCUCGAGAGUCGCCCCGUUGGCUCGUGGCGAAAGGAAGACUAGAAGCGGCAGAAGCAGUCAUGAUGGAGGGGGCUAAGACCAACAACGUCCCAAUUGCGGUCACGGCCUGUCUCAUGGAGAAGCUCAGAAAACAGAUCAAGAACCAAGUGGGUCGUGAAAGCGGAGACAGAGAAGGCCUGCUGGACUGUCGCUCCCUCCGACGUCGAGCCUUGGCCAUGUUCGUUGUCUGCUUCUCCAUAUCGUUUGUCUGUUUCAUCGACGCCUUCUCAUCGGCCCAAUACAACGAAUCUUGGAUACCGAGCCUCACGGUUGUCUUCACACUGGCGGCGUACAUGGCGAUGCACUUCCUGAUUACCGACGUUAACGUCGCCAGGGUACUUACCGCUUGCUUUCUGUUGACGGGCGUCAUACAAUGCGCAAUCAGUAUCGCCGCUGGCAGUGAUUUCGGUAUGAUCGCCAAGACCUUGCUCGUGCUGUCCAAGGGCAUCACGAACGUACUGAUCGUCCGCUGUUUGACGUAUGUCCUGGAGCUCUUCCCAUCGGCCGUGCGGGCAGGUGUUGUAUGCUGGGUGCUCACCAGUGGACGCAUUUCGGCCAUGUUCGCGGCAGUGAUCCUUGUCCUGAAGCCGGCCGGACGCGAAGACGUGGUGUUCGGUUUUGCGGGACUGUUCCUCUUUGCCUCCCUGCUCGUCAUUCGCGCCCUUCCACGCGUGACGGUGGUCGAGAAGGCCAUAAUCGUGGCCCGGCGGCCUUCGGACCCCGGCAGAAUGUCUAUGGACCACAUGAAGCGCACGCUCGAGCAGCGGUGCCUACGUAAGAAGUCCAAGACCUCGAGCCUAGAGGGCUCCAGGUCCAGCAGGAAGAGUCGAAAGAGCGGGAGCGUCAACAGUUCUCGCAGUUCUUCGACGCCCCGCCGACCUCAGACCGAGCGGGCGCCGGAAUGAGGCAGCGGAAGCUUAGUGUACAUUGACUGUGUACGGUGUC